AGAUUUGAGUUUAGUUUGUUAUUCUAUUCGUAAAAUGUUACAAAAUUGAUUUCACAAAAAAAAAGAAUAGUUGAAAAAUAAUUAGUAAUGCUGCUGCCCGUAAAGAAAUUGGAAUCCGAAUUGCCAACCAGUUCGAAUAUCUAUGUGCUCAAACGACAAAUAGCCGAACAUGGAACGAAAACACAAGCGCUGCUCCUUCAAGCGUUCCGGUUCGAUUUGCAUGAUCCGCGAAAUUCCCCAUGCGAUGUGCCACUCCAAGAACAACAACUACAACAACAACAGCAGCAACAGUUCCUCUCCCCAAACCAGUCCCAGAUCCAGCAUCAGCAGCAACAACAAGACCCAACACCACGGCAAAGAUACGAGCAAUAAUAGUUUAAAUAUAAAUCAUCAAAAUGUAACCAAAAAGUCCACACAAAAAUCAUUUAAACUUUUCUCAUUUCUAUUCAAAAAUAAGAAGCAAAAUGGUCAUACUAGAACAAGAGAAAACGAGGACGGUUUGGAUCCUAAAAUUGACACAAUGAAGGAAGAAGAUGUGCGGAAACUAAUACAAAUGUACCAUAAUUAUGAGAAUCUGUAUAAUCCACGAAAUAUCUGUUUUGGCAACAAGAAAAUCGAUGAGGAUUGUUAUAUACAAAUGAUACAAUCUUUUCCUGGCCUGGCAUGUACAAGCGAUGAACUGAGAAUCUAUUUGGAAGAACUGAAGAAAGUAUUCCAAGAGGAAUAUACCAUUAUUGAAAAUGCCCGAAGGAAUUAUGGCCAAGUUGUGAAACCAUCUAUACAACAUUAUAAUGAACUACUAUUUCUAGUGCCACAUUUAAGUAUGCACUUCGAUAACAAUUGUCCGAAAGGUUUCUUUAAUAGAUCCAAAUCGACUUUAAGUUUAAUAUCACGUAAAUCUGCUGGAAAAUUGCCCUCGCUUACACAAUUGCAGCAUUCAGGUGCCUCAUCAGAUAGCAAUAAAUCAGCCAAAUGUCCCAAAAAUGAGUUAAAUCCCAUUGAUUUUGUCUGUAUUGAAAGAAAUAAGCAAAGGAAAUUAUGCUUUCAGGGAGAUCAAGCGAAGAUUAAUGAUAAUGCACAAAAAAAGCAGCUCAUGCAGCAGGAGCAGGUUGGAUUUAUUGACCCAAGAAUGGAUUCAACUAGCUGGCGAUCCAAAAUGGCUCCUCCGAACUCAAGCUCCCUUCCAUCCAGUACUAGAGACUGUCAUCUGGAGUGUCCCCUCCAUGCGAUGAAUCAAUCAAAUUCUAAACCCUACCAUCCAAAUUAUUCAUCUUAUCCACAAAUUUCUAAAGUCUCUGUAGAAUCAUCCUUCUAUUCCGAUGAAAAAUCAAUGCACACAAUUGAUCUGACAUGUCCCUCUCGUAUGCAUGUUCUGCAAACUGAUUCCGUCCAGCGACCAAUUCGUCCAACGCCUCCAGCACGUACCAAGCCACAUCGAAUACAAAACAUAGCCAAUCCAGAGCCUCCUGCAUCCAUUUCAUCUGCACCGACAACAACGACAGACCAGACCCGGGACAAUGGACAACAGGUGCAAAUGCUUUGCGAAAUGAUUCGCACCGAAUUGACUAAUGCCCCCGAUUUCAUUUACUUCGAUGCCAAAUGGCGUAUUAUAGAGAUUCUUCGUGAAGUGCAUAAACGACAGUUGGUUCACAUAAAGGCUUCCACACCGCAUCAACUCGGCAAGAAAUCCCAAACCGACUCCAACGAUGUCAGCAAACCAAUGAAAUCACUUCCUCAACACUACGAAGAUAUGGACCACCACAGUGGGUAUACAAGGGUCUGCUCGAAGUCCGAAUCCCAUUGUCCCUAUUGCCAUAGGCAUUCCAACUGAGUGAAGAU